UUCAGGAAAUGGAGGAGGAAAUAAGCAUAAGAGGACGGUGAAUUAGAAAUUUUAAGGAUAAUUUCGAUAUUUUAAAUAAACUUAGUGGUGAAUUGAGAUAAUUUGGAUUUGGAAAAUAACACAGCUCAUAAAAAUAUAUUUUACUUGAGAGCAAGUAGAAGGGCAAGACUGUGUAUUCAACUCCUUCCUAGUUGGGUUUGAAUUCAACGCUGACCAAUAAAAUAAGGCUCUGUUUGCCCACUGUGCUUACACCAUUUUUCUUCCACGCAGUUGAAUUCAACGCUCACCAAACAGAGCCUUAUUUUCCAUGCGAUUGAAUCCGCCAUUAAAAUCCCCCAAAAAAAGCUUCAGCUAAUUCACUCAGUUUAUUAACCCAACCCAACCAUGCCUUCCUCCAACAAUUUUCUCUCUCUACAUCUCUUCUUCUUCUUCCUCCUCACAGCCUCAAUUCUGAAACCCUCCUCUUCCCAACAGCAAACCAACAUCUCCUCCUUCUCCUCCUCCGCCUCCCCAUGGCGGCCCAAUCAAAACCAGAUACUCCUCUCCCCCAACUCCGUCUUCGCCGCCGGAUUCCGCCGCCUCGAAAACUCCCCAUCUCUCUACACCUUCUCCGUCUGGUACCACAACAUCUCCUCAAACGACGUCGUCUGGUCUGCCAACCCCCUCUCCCCCGUUUCCUCCGCCGCCUCUCUGCUCAUCUCCACCUCCGGCGAGCUCCGGCUAGUCAAUUCCUCCGUCAACGGCCCGAAUCUCUGGCCUUCUCCGGCCGCCGGAAUCGCCAACAGAACUCGGCUUUCGCUACUCAACACAGGUAACCUCGUCUACGGUGCUAGUUUUCGAAGUUUCUUUUUCCCGACAAACACGAUUCUCCCCGGUCAACAAAUAAACGAAACGAUUCUCGUUUCGAAAAACGGCAAGUUCAUGUUCGAUUCCCGGCAGCUGAUUUUCACCGGUAGGAACGACACUUACUGGACUAAUUCAGGCAAUCAGACGUUUAUGAUUCUAGAUAAUUUGGGUGUUGUUUCGUACGGCGAUAACAGUAUGUAUUACGCCUCGGAUUUCGGUGUCGAAAAGUUGAGAAGGUUGACCCUCGAUGAAGAUGGGAACCUCAGGCUGUAUAGCUACGACGAAUUGUCGAGUGAAUGGAUUGUCGGAUGGCAAGCGCAGUUUCAACUAUGUACGAUUCACGGUACUUGCGGGCCCAACUCGAUAUGCUUGUACGAUGCGUCGAAACUUUCGACGUCCUGCGUUUGCCCGCCCGGUUAUCGGAAGGGGGCCGAAUCCGAUGGUUAUUCGUGCGAGUUGAAGAUUCCAAUAGCCGAGAAAAGCAAGUUUCUGAAACUCGAUUUCGUUAACUUCACGGGCGGGUCGAACCAAAUCGACAUCAAGGUUCACAGUUUUAGUACGUGUGAGUCCCGUUGUUUGUCCGAACGGAAUUGCUUGGGUUUCAUGUUUAAGUACGACGGAUCGAAUUAUUGCGUUCUCCAAUUGGAUACGAUGGUUGAUGGAUAUUGGUCUCCGGGCACGGAAACCGCUAUGUUCUUGAGGGUCGACGCGUCGGAAAGCGAUGUAUCGAAUUUCACCGGCAUGACGAAUUUGAUGCAAACUAUGUGUCCGGUGAAGAUAAGGCUCCCUCAACCUCCGGAAGAAUCUACAACCACAAGUCGGAAUAUAGCGAUUAUAUGCGCUCUCUUCGCGGCGGAGCUAUUUAGUGGCAUGUUCUUCUUUUGGGCGUUUCUCAAGAAGUAUAUCAAGUAUAGGGACAUGGCUAGCACGUUCGGGCUUGAAGUCAUGCCUUCCGGUGGGCCCAAGAGGUUUAGUUACAACGAGCUUAAAGUAGCCACUAAUGAUUUCUCGAAUGUAAUUGGAAGAGGCGGAUUCGGUGUUGUUUACAUGGGCAAAUUGAGCGAUGGGCGGGUGGUGGCGGUGAAGUGCUUGAAGAAUGUCGGUGGCGGCGAUGGGGAUUUUUGGGCGGAGGUCACGAUUAUCGCGCGUAUGCACCACCUCAAUUUGGUGAGGUUGUGGGGAUUUUGUGCCGAAAAGGGUAGAAGGAUAUUAGUUUACGAGUAUGUUUCGAACGGGUCGCUAGACGAGUUCUUGUUCCAAACUGUCGGAGCCGACCCGUCAGAAACGGGCGAGCCAAUCAUGGGUUCGAAUAACAAACCGAUCUUUGAUUGGAAUAUACGGUACCGUAUCGCAUUGGGGGUGGCGAGGGCAAUAGCGUACUUGCACGAGGAAUGCUUGGAGUGGGUCCUACACUGCGACAUCAAGCCCGAAAACAUACUCCUAGGCGACGACUUUUGCCCUAAAGUGUCGGAUUUCGGGCUUGCCAAGUUGAAGAAGAAGGAGGACAUGAUUAGCGUCUCGAAAAUACGCGGGACCCCUGGGUACAUGGCGCCCGAGUGGGCCCAGCCCGAGCCGAUAACUUCGAAGGCGGACGUGUAUAGCUACGGAUUGGUGCUUCUUGAAAUCGUGAGCGGGUCGAGGAAUAGUACGCAGUUGGAUCCGAAGGUGGAGAGCGAUCAAUGGUUCUUUCCGAGGUGGGCUUUCGAUAAGGUGUUCACGGAGAUGAAUGUGGAGGACAUUUUGGACCGUCGGAUCAAGCACAUCUACGAUAGUAAAGAGCACUUCGAUAUGAUCAAUCGGAUGCUCAAGACUGCGAUGUGGUGCCUUCAACACAAGGCGGAGAGUCGACCGUCGAUGGGGAAGGUGGCUAAGAUGCUCGAAGGGACGGUCGAGAUUACCGAGCCGAAGAAGCCCACUAUAUUUUUCUUGGAUGAUUGAGAUGUGUAACUAAUUUUGUUUGUUUUUUUAUAGGAGCAAGUUGUGUUGAUUAUUGUAUUAUUAGCAUUUUGUCUUUUGUAUAAUUUAAUAAAUUGUAUAAGAAGAAUGUAAUAAAUUAGAAGUCUUGUUUGGACCACAAACUCAAGUCGGUCUUCUUUUGAAUUAUUUAUAGAUUCGAAAAUUAAAAUGUUAAA